UUAAUGUGUCGUGUAGAAACACAAAUAUAUGUUUAUGCAGCUUUUUAUAAACCCUGCUAAUUUAAAAUAAACAGGUCACGUGACUGGCUGUAUGAAGACGGUAAAAACAGCCAUGAGGGACAGACUAGGCCACCUUCAGGCGUUCUUGGCAUCCAGCAGUCAUGUAGAUAUCCAGAAAAGUGCAACAGCAGACCCAAUUUCAUUGAAGGAGCGGCAUGAAGAACCACCUCAGGAACAUGACGCCAACCCUGAGAUGGAGGCUAUAUUUGAUGAGGCUAAUCACAUUCGCCAUGAGAUUCAACUCAUCGUUUUAGAUGUGAAGCAUCUCGAAGAGCAGAACUCUCAUGUUUGGAAUGAGCUACCAACUUCUAGCGCUGUGAAGCAAGACACUAAUGCCAUUGCUGAGAGCAUCAAGUCUCGUGCUAAAGAAGUGCUUGAGCGUCUUCGCAGCAUGGAUACGCAUGCUAGCGAGCUGGAGAAGAAGCAUGGGAUCAACAGUGCCCUUUAUCGGAUCGCACGAACACAGUAUGCUGGUUUGAGCAGCAUCUUCCGUGAUGCGAUGAUGGAAUACAACAGGGCAGAGAUGAGCUACAGGGAAACAUGCAAAACGCAUAUCCAGAGGCAGAUGGAGAUUGUGGGGCGAGAGGUGACGAAUGAGCAGAUUGAAGACAUGCUCACUAAUGAGCAGUGGAACGUUUUUAGUGAGAAUGUCGUCGUCGCAGAGGGGAAAACAGUUGAGUCUGCCUUCAGUCAAAUCGAAAACCGACACACGGAGCUGCUGGAACUGGAAAAGCGCAUAAAGAACAUCCAUGAAGUGUUUCUUGACAUGGCCAUGCUAGUAGAAGAACAGAACAGCAUGAUUGACUCCAUACAGACAAAUGUUCAAAAAACUGAUGCAGAUAUAAAGAAUAUGCUGGAAAAGCUUGGAAAGGCCAAGAAAUAUGAUCGGAGCAACCCCUUCAAGAAGAUCUUUUUUAGGAAGCGCUAAUCAAUACAUAAUUGCGUAGUUUAUCAUUUUAGGACUUUGCCUUUUGUUGUGAUUUAAUUGUGUACUGUGAGUUUUUUUUAAUUAGUUUUUUUAUUUGCAUUCAUCAUAUGAUAAUAUUAAAUGGAGGAUAAAAUGCCUGCACUGACUGUUACUAAUAUUCUAAUACUGUGGAUAGUAAAUCAACCAAUUUUUUUUUUUAAUCUCAGGCUAUAAAGAUU